AACGGUCUUAGUCUAGUCCAAUCGACACAUGGUUUUUUUAUCUUGUUCUGGAUAAUGAAAACUUGUUGCUUCGAGGGGUCUUUUAUCAUUUGGUAUUCCUCUUCCCGGAAAAUGCUGUUGCUUAACAAUUGGGUCCCCUGCGGCUCCCCGACUCUUCCUCUCCUGCGGCCCUCUCUCUCGCAAGCUAACCUAAUCCACCGUUACCGCCCGCCUCUUCCUUUGAAGAAGAGGUGCGGACGAGGAGUUCUCUCGUGCUCCCUUCGCCAUUUCGCAAGAUCGAUGGAGGGCGAACGGCGACCCACAACAGCAGAGGAAGGAGAGGAGGGUGUCCCCUCGAUGAAGCUCCUAUUCGUCGAGAUGGGCGUCGGCUAUGAUCAGCAUGGGCAAGAUAUAACCACCGCUGCGAUGCGCGCUUGCCGCGACGCCAUCUCUUCCAACUCCAUCCCUGCUUUUCGACGAGGGUCGAUUCCUGGUGUUAAUUCGGAUCAGAUGAAGCUUGUAAUCAAGCUAGGAGUCCCUCGGUCUACCCAGCAUCUGCUCGAUAUUGAGAUGGUUAAAUCUGUCUUUCCUUAUGGCGAAAUUAUUAAGGUGGAGGUUGUCGAUGGAGGGAUGAUAUGCUCAAGUGGUGUUUAUCUUGAAGCGAUGGGAGACAAAAAUGAUGAUUGCUACAUAGUGAAUGCUGCGAUAUAUGUUGGCUACUGAUGCCUUUGUAUGGUUGUCCUUGCUUCUGUCUUUUCCUUACCUUUUCAUUAUAAUGCUUUCAUAGAAUGUCAUUGCUAGUCUUUCAGAAGGUUAUGUAGGCUUUAUUCUGUGUUCUCUUAACUUUAAAGUUUUUCUUGGAGUAAUAAUAAUCGUAGUAACUACUUUCUUAUUGUGAUUUA